UUUCAAAGAAUGUUUUGCAAUUGCAAAUUAACGAAGAAUUCCACCCCUCACUCUGCUUCUCCCAGACUCUCCAUCGUGCCCUCUCUCUCUCUGUCUCUCUCUCGGAGCUGCGGCCGACGAAGUCUUUGGUAUCACCGCACGAAUCAUCUAUAGAACCCUAAACCAGAUUGUAUUUUGAAAGUCUCUGUUCUUUUUGCUACCCUUUUGAAAAGCCGCAUUCCAAAAAAAAAAAAAAUCUCAAGUUGCUGCUUCCAGCUUUUCCGGCCUUUGUUUUCUAUUUGUUUCAAAGGAAAACGGUGCCUGGAAUAAGACGUGUUUAAUAUAGUUCUUUAGGGCUUCAUAUAGUAUUUCUAAAGCUUUACUGGAACAGGCUUGUGGAAUUUUGAUUGUUGGAUGGCCGGGCUUAUGGGAUUUAGCAGCUUUGCACCUAAGACCAAGAAUUUGGUUGUUGCUGGGGGAUUGACAGCUUUUGUCUUUGGGGUGUAUUUCUACACCAUGAGAGCUGUUGGAGGUACAGAUGAACUUCAGCUAGCCAUUGAUAAGUUCGAAGAGCAGAAAAACAAGAAAUAGGCUGCGGCAACAAUUCUAUCAAAGAUCUGAUCUUGUGCUACUUAACAUAACAAUGUAAUAAGGGACUACAUAUGGCUUCUUCUUUUUUUUGGGUGAAAAAGACCACUGGCAACUGCAGCAUUCUUGAAGAUGCAUUUUGGUAUAUUUGCUUUGAAAGUAAAUGAAAGAACAUAGCUUGAUAAA